AUGUCAUCAGUGCUUCAGACUCUUAGUUCUACUGCUCCAUAUCAUCUUCUAUCGUAUGCAUCUUUAAUUGGUGCAACUCUCUGGCAUUCAUUCGUCAGCAGUCUAAUUGCUCGUAAAACUUUACCUCGUCCACAACUCGGUCAACUUCAAAGCAAGUUAUUUCCUAUUUAUUUCUCUUUACAAACUGCUCUUAGUGGUAUAUGUCUACUAACAACAAGAAAUCGAAAUGCUCAGAUCAUUUUCGUCAUUGGCAUUGUCGGUGGUUUGAUCAAUCUUAUUGUGUUUGGGCCAUGGACAAUAAAACUGAUGAAUAAACGAUUUACAAUGGAACGUGACGAGGGUAAGCAAUACAACGAACCAGACAUUAGCAGUCAAUUCAAAGCAUUGAACAAACAAUUUGGAAUGGUUCAUGGAUGUAGUAUGAUGAUUAAUAUGAUUAUUGCAAUCUCACUUGUUGUUUAUCCAUUUAUUGUAUCUCUAGUCAUUGUUUGA